CUUGGUGCAAGCUCACAUGGGGGAUGUGGAGUGCGAUCACUUCAUCGGUGGAGCGAUGCCAUGGCAGGAGAUCCCUGCACCCGCAGGUGUGACCCCUGCGGCAACGAUUGUUGGCCAAGACCCAUGUCGAUGUGCCCAGCCCGAUGCAGGGACCACUGGGAGUGUGGCACUGGAAGUCAUCUACGCGGGCCCCCUACCCCUAUGGGCCAAGCGCUCAAAGCGGAAAAAGGGGUCUGCAUCGGCAGAGGGAGCGGGUUGUAAUAAGGAGGAGGAGGUGACGGUUGUACAGCGCCUGCUAAUCCACUUCUACCACGUUAUGAUGCAAUGCGGCAUCUGCAAGCGCGAUGGCCAGCCCAUGACGGCGGCGGCCGUGUCGGAGGAGAUCUGCAUGGCCGCCGACCACUGGGCAGGGAAUCACUCACGCUGAUGGCACCAACUUGCUGCGGUAAGCGCCCGGCAGGUUGGGUUCAGACUCGCACCCUCGGGCGACCCUUCAAGCCUCCAAGGACCACGCCACGCCAUGCGCCCCCCCUAGGCAGCAGCACCGCUAGCCUGAAAGAUCGGUGUGGCGCUGCGACCGCUGACCCCCUCUCCCGCUUGGGCAUCCGCUUGGUGAUUGUGACCUCGGCAGCCUCUCCUGUGACAUUUAUCUAUUUGUAACCUAAUUAUUGUGUGGUAACCGACCUCCCUACACACCCUUGUGCACCGGCCCUUUUGAUCGUUGUUCUCCCGAAGUCCCUUGCAUCCGGAACUUCUCAUCUGUGUACGAAGUUGUUGAACUAAGCUAUUA